GGGGAGAGAGCGGGGAUGGCCUGCCACUCUGCUCUCUUCAAGAUUCGCUCAUGCGUAUCUCACCGAGAGAAGAGGCAAAGCUCACCCUACACCUUCUAGGCUCUCUCGCCCAGAAGCGCCUCGCCCGAGGUCUGAAGCUCAAUCAGUCGGAGGCGACCGCUCUCAUUGCGGCUCAAUUACAAGAGCUGAUCAGAGAUGGUAACCAUUCCGUCGCGCAGCUCAUGCAAAAGGGCAAGGAGAUGCUAGGGAGGCGGCAUGUGCUACCGGCUGUGCCGAGCUUGCUCCAUGAGAUCCAGGUUGAGGGAACGUUCCCAGACGGGGUGUUCUUAGUCACUGUUCACGAUCCUAUAUGCACGGACAAUGGAGACCUCAAUGCGGCUCUCUACGGCUCAUUCCUUCCCGUUCCUUCGAAUCAGCAGUUCCCCUUGGACGCGCACGAGCUUUAUGAACGGAGAGCGGGACCAGGUGCUGUGAUCGUUCGCAGGGAGCCGAUUCAUCUCAACAAAGGUCGUGAAAGAACCAAAUUGCGAGUUACGAACAAUGGGGAUCGGCCAAUCCAAGUCGGCAGCCAUUAUCACUUUAUCGAGACGAACCCGCAACUGUCUUUCGAUCGCGCCAAGGCAUAUGGCAAGAGGUUGGAUAUCCCGGCUGGGACCGCAGUGCGUUUCGAACCCGGAGAUGUGAAGACUGUGACGCUUGUGCCGAUUGCCGGAAACCAGGUCAUUACGGGGGGAAAUCGCCUGGCGUCCGGCACAGUAGACUUGGACAGGACCGACGAGAUCGUAAGGAACCUUAUCCAAAAAGGAUUUGCGCAUGUACCAGAGCCGACUGCAUGGAUCGGUGCAGAGGUGAAGGAGGUGAGCAGGGAGGUAUAUGCAGGGAUGUUUGGUCCCACAAUCGGGGACCGAGUGAGGUUAGGGGACACAAGUCUGUGGAUCGAAGUUGAAGAAGACUAUACUGUGUACGGCGACGAGUGCAAGUUUGGCGGGGGCAAAGUGAUUCGGGAAGGUAUGGGCCAAGCGACCGGUCGACACUCUGCGCUUGCGCUGGAUCUGCUGAUCACGAAUGCGCUGAUCAUCGACUGGAGCGGUAUCUAUAAGGCUGAUAUUGGCGUGAAAGACGGAAAGAUCACCGGCAUCGGUAAGGCUGGAAACCCCGAUGUGAUGGAAGGCGUAGAGGCCAGCCUCAUUGUCGGUGCGAGCACCGAGGUGAUCGCCGGCGAGAAGCUCAUUGUCACGGCGGGUGCGGUUGACGCCCAUGUGCACUACAUCUGUCCGCAGCAGUGGACUGAGGCCAUUGCGAGCGGAGUGACGACCCAUAUUGGUGGAGGGACUGGUCCAAGCGCGGGAACAAACGCGACGACCUGCACACCUUCGCCGUUUUACAUUCGGACGAUGUUAGCGGCGACCGACACGAUUCCCAUGAACUUUGCCUUUACGGGUAAAGGGAAUGAUUCCGGACCAGAAGCACUGGAAGAUGUGGUCAGAGCGGGUGCUGCGGGUCUGAAGCUGCACGAAGAUUGGGGCUCAACCCCAUCUGCCAUAAUGAAUUGCCUGGAUGUAGGGGAUAAGUAUGACGUACAAGUCAACAUUCACACCGACACCCUGAACGAGUCUGGCUUUGUUGAGAGCACGAUUGCGGCAUUCGGGAAUCGUACGAUACAUACCUAUCAUACUGAGGGCGCUGGUGGCGGGCAUGCGCCUGAUAUCAUUGUAGUCUGUGAGCAAGAGAAUGUUCUGCCAUCGUCGACAAACCCUACUCGGCCAUAUGCGACCAACACCCUGGAUGAGCACCUGGAUAUGCUGAUGGUCUGUCAUCAUCUAGACAAGUCGAUCCCCGAAGAUCUGGCCUUUGCAGAAUCGCGCAUCCGCGCCGAGACCGUAGCGGCAGAAGAUGUGAUGCAUGAUAUCGGGGCAAUCUCGAUGAUCAGUUCUGAUUCUCAGGCGAUGGGCAGGGUGGGCGAAGUCGUCAGUCGCACCUGGCGCACCGCGGCGAAGAUGAAGGAUGUUCGAGGCCCGCUGGUGAGCGAGGGCGAUACAAAGGAGAAGGACAACAUGCGCGUGAAACGAUACAUUGCAAAGUACACCAUCAACCCGGCGAUCACGCACGGGAUGAGUCACAUGAUAGGCCAGGUUGCCGUGGGGACGCUGGCUGACCUCGUGCUGUGGAAACCAGAGAACUUUGGUACGAAGCCCGAGAUGGUCCUGAAAUCGGGAGUGAUCGCAUGGGCCCAGAUGGGAGAUGCGAACGCUAGCAUACCCACUGUACAGCCCUUCCUCUCCCGGCCGAUGUGGGGCUCCUACCCCGCCGCAGCAGCGCUUAACAGCGUCUCCUUCGUCUCGUCCAUCUCGAUUGAAUCCGGGAUAAUCGCGAGCUACAACCUAUCUAAACGGUUCACAGCAGUAAAGGACUGCAGGAAAGUGACUAAAAUGGAUAUGAAGCAUAACACUGCCAUGCCGAGGAUGAGGGUCGACCCGGAGACGUAUGCUGUCCAUGCGGAUGGGGUGCUGGCGAGUGUCCCACCGGCGAGAGAACUGCCGCUUGGGAGAGGGUACAACGUCUUCUAGCACGGUGGAGUGGACGAGCGAUCGAACGAAGGAGUUAUAAUGUCUUCUAGCGCGAUGGAGUUGACGAAAGAAAGAACGAACGAACAAACGAAGAUCGAUAGUGAGGAGGUUGACGGGUGGAAGUCUGUGGCGUACUGUACUUGACGAUGCACCGGGACCGGGGAAGUAGCAGAUUGGUAUAUGGCGCACAGAUUGGGUGUGCUGUAAGUGAACGAACGUGAAUCCAAAUGAGAAUAAG